AUGUCUUCGGCUCCCUACGAUAUGGCUAUGAUUACGGAAAACUGCAAAAGAGCUAGAAAAAGUCCUUGCCUCAUGAGAAAUCUUACACUCACGGACAAGACUGUGACAGCAUGGCAAAUUAUUGGUCACACUAUUGUCCUCACUCGGGGAACAGAGACAGUUGCAUGUGCCACAAUAAUUUUGCCCGGAUUGCCCCUUAUGCGAGCAUCUUUUCAUAGCCCUCCUGUUGAGGGGCACAUUCAUGUUAUUCCAUUUCUUGAUAUGGUUCGAAUUUUGCCCGAUUUGAAAUAUUCUCCCGAAUACGAGGAUGAAGAGCCUCAAAAGGCUUUGAUCGAAUGGGCUUUCUCCAUGUCUUGCGAUGGAAAUCUAACUGUUCCGGACGAAAUGAAUGGAAAUGAAUUGGGUGUUGACUCUAGAUCAACAAUCACAAUCGAGAUCAACAAGAAUUUUACCUAUCGUGCACUAACAUUAUUCGUAAAUGGCGAAAAGUUCGCCUGUUCUCCAAUAACAAAUGUUGAAAUUCGUCAUGUCAAACGUGGCUUGUAUAUUCUCUCACAGGCUCAUUACUAUGAGCCAGUUCGUUCGGCCUCGGAUUUCGACAUGGGGACGCUUCACAUAAGGGAUGACUGCUUGGAUAUGUCAACUGAGACUGUGCACAAAAAUUUCGAAAAAUUCUAUCCGACCAUCAACAUUUUUGGGCCAGAAACCGUCGCACUAAAGUCACUUGUUGCUGAUAAUUCAUGUGGUCCUUUGCGGCCUCAGUUUCCACGACCGGCUGCAACGGCUACGUUCAUGUAUCCUGUAGUUGGAAGAUUGGUGUUAGUGGACAUGGAUGACAGGAUUUUACUUACUGGUGAAUUGCGUCAAAUACAUGAAGAUGGUGCCAAACGAGCAACUGUCCAGGUAUCAAGUGAAGAGAUGGGUUCGAAAGGAUGUCCACAGUGUCCUAAUGGAGAAAAAUGUCGAACAAUAGAGGAUGCCGCGAUUAUUGUAGGGAAAGAUGAGCCUCCAGUAACUCUUGCUGGUGUCUUUCCAUGGUUUAAACUAGCCAACGCCCGUACAAUGAUUGUUGAUCUUCAAUGGACAAAGGUCUGUGCCAAUGUCACUUUGUUGAUGUCUGGAGCACUAUCGGCACAUGCGCUUAUUCGACAGAUUUCUGCAUAUUCAGCACCUGUGGUUGCUUCUAUUGUUGUUUUGGAGUAUCCUGCCAACAACUAUACAGAGGCCCUUGUCAACAAGCACAAGGUAUUUUCUGGGGUAACAGCACAUGCAGUACCAGUCGAUAUGUCCAUAACGGAGAAUACACCCUGUGAUGUCAAAAGUCUCGGCCCGAGCAAAGAGAAGUGGUGGAUUCAACGACUAGCCGCAAUCCUCAGCGGUGAAGACAACGAUACGACAGUCAUUAUCGGAUCCAAACAACUAGUCACAGGGCCUGACAGUGUAUUGGGAAUAUCAGUGCAACUUCGUGAGAAAAAUGCUAUCUCUUGUGGCUAUUUUCAACCACUUACGGAAAAAGUAAUUGCUGUCGCAAAGUUUGAGAACGUCUCACUUGGCUAUGUGAAAUUGACGCAGCAUGGAACUUCAAACUGGGCAGCUGGAAUUCCAACAGAAGUUUAUUAUUCAUUGAUUAAAGCAAACGGGUCUAGUGGCAAUGGAACCAAGAUUGAACUGGAUUGGGAGUUUGUAACGACGGAUAAUAUGUGCUCAAGCGCACCGAUAUAUGAUCCAUUCCACUUGAAUGGAACCUUUUGCUCAACCGACAAGACCCUCUGUGCGAUUGGGGAUGCCGCGAGAAAGUCACGACCGCUUGUUCAACAAACAAGGCAGCAUUUCGUAGUCAGCAAUCUUCCACUUUCUGGACCUUACUCUGAGGAGGACUGGCGGCUUUCCGAAAUGCUCCAAAUGUUCAACGUCGAGCAGAAAAAGUUCAAAGCGGAUGCAGACUUCGAUUGUGGCGAAGACACGAAUGGAUCUCAGACCUCUAGCUCUUCAUCAACAGCUUUUUUUAUUCUUUCUUACAUGGUGCUCUUAAAUUCUUAG